AUGGUCGCCGUGUCCAAGAAGGUCGUCGCGCAGACGUACGGCCGCAUCGCAUUGAGUGACCUCACUGCGGCUCAGACAUCUCAAUGGACUGUACGAGCUGUUUCUGGUAUCAGCUCGCGCCAGUUUGAGCGUCCGCGUCCACUCGACGACGUGUCAAGGGCCUCCGACGUGACUGCCACUGCACUUCGUCUACAGACAGCAGCGCUGGACGAGCGUAUGAGUGUUGGUCUACGCUGUGGAGCGUGUGAUGUGACUACAUUUUCGUCUCUGGAUGAGCAGUACGCGCAUUUCAAGUCGGUAGCGCACUGUGUGAACCUCAAGCGUCGAGCGCGUGGCUUGCCAAGUCUGUCGGAAGAGCAGGCGCUUCAGUAUAUGCAAGCACAUAACAAGAAAGAGAUGAAGAAGGAAGCGAUGGAUGGAGGGUACGUGUCAUCGUCAUCUUCAUCGUCGUGGUCUGAGGAAGAGAAGGAAGAGGAGAAGAUGGCUACAGUUUCGGAGCCAGUGGUCGAGUUUUCGGAUGGCAAGAGCGUGUUUAAGGUGUUUAAGAAUAUUCUACCGGAUGCUGAAGAGGAGAGCUUCAACCCGUACACUUCUUUGGACAGGAUCUGCGCAUCCAAGUUUCGCUGGGCUGUGUUGCUGCUACGCAGUGGUCGCUUUGCUGGAGCUGUGUUUGACAAAGACAAGGCGCUGUGUCACAAGACGUUCCAGCGAUACACGACGCGGCGGAAGCAGGGCGGCGCGCAGUCCGCAAGUGACGCCAGUGGCAAGGCAAAAUCGGCAGGAGCUACUCUACGGAGAUACAAUGAAGCGGCGCUGAAGCAAGACGUGGCUGCGCUGCUUGUGGAGUGGAAGGAGAUGUUGAAGGAUGCAGAGCUUAUUUUUCUGUCGAGUGGAAAGACAGAGCGUGCGACAUUUUUUCCAGAGAAGAAUGCAGUGCUGCAGCCAGGUGACAAGAGGUUGAAGAGGAUUCCCUUUGCUACAUUUCGUCCGACGUUUGAAGAGGUGUGUCGCGUGCGAUCGGACCUCAGCAGCGUCCGAUUCUUACCUCUUGAAGCAGCAACAACGUCUUCUGUCGUCAGCGCGAGCAAAGUGAAGAAGAAAACAAAGAAGGCUAGCGACGCAGCGUCCAAAGUGGAAAUUGGGACCGUUGGCAUCCAGCAGGAGGAGGAGGAGGAGGUAGAGGUUCCUCUUCUUAUCCAGCUCGUGAAUGAUGGCGACCUGAAAGGUGUUGAGGAGCUGUUUCUCCAUGUCGAUGAAAAGGACAGCAAAGUGAAUGAGGUGGAUGUCAACUUUAUGACAGCCUUGCACCACGCCGCAGAAAAGAACGCGGUUUCUAUGGUGAGGUUUCUGCUAGAGCAAGGGGCUAACCCGGCCCUUUUGGAUCUGCACAACCGGCCUCCGUACUUUUUGUGCAGCUCGAAAGAAACUCGGAAUGCGUUUCGUCGAUACAUGGGCGAGCAUCCGGACGCAUGGGAUUAUGUAGCAGCACAAAUUCCGGAAGUCCUAACGACUGACAUGGAGCAACGCAAGAGGGAUAAGGAAGCGGAGAAGCGGAAGCGUGCUCGUGAGCGCAAGAAACAGCAGAAAAAGGAACUAGUGCAGCAGAAGCAAGAAGAAGUUGCGCGUCAGGAAGAAAUGGAGCGGAAAAUCGCUGCAGGUCUGGCUUGUGAUUUGUGUGGCAAGUAUGCUGGCAAGUCUCCGUUCACCCGGUUAGAGUACAAGUACUGCUCGACAGAGUGUGUCAACGGACAUAAGCGCAAACUCAUGAGUGAAGCCGCGUUGCGUCGACUCGGAGGUUGA